GCGAAAUCAAUUUAUUUUAUCGAUAUUUUAGAUUAUAAAAAUGAAUUUUUUUAAACAGUUAAAAGAAGUGUCGCUCCGGGGGAAAUUAUUAACAGGUGCUACUGUAGCCCUCGGAGGAUAUAUCUUUGCUGAAGAUGUAUUCAACAGAAAGCCUACAGUAUCAGUUAUUACUCUUCAAGGAACUAUAAUGGCAGGUGGAUCUGGAUUCAACAAGACUCCUCCUAUUAACUUGGAAGGAACAAGAAAAAUGAUAGAUAAAGCUUUUUCUCAACGUGACCUGAAAGCAGUUUUGUUAAGUGUAAACUCUCCUGGGGGUAGUGCAGUACAAUCUGAUUUAGUAAGCAGUUAUAUCAAGGCUAAGGCUGAGAAGGAGAAGGUGGAGGUUAUUGUGUUUGUUGAGGAUGUUGCAGCCUCUGGAGGUUACUGGCUAGCCUGCACCGGGUCUAGGAUAUACGCUUCAAGGAGUAGUGUGGUAGGAAGUAUAGGAGUUAUAUCCUCUGGAUUAGGUUUUCAUGAACUUAUUGAAAAAUACGGAGUUGAGAGAAGAGUUUUCACUGCAGGAGAAAACAAAUCAGUAUUGGAUCCUCUCUCCCCCCUGAAGGAGUCAGAUGUUAAGAUUAUCAAAACUAUACUAAAUGAUAUUCAUCAACAUUUUAUUAAUCAUGUAAAGGGUAGCAGAGGAACUAAAUUACGAGGGGAAGAUAAAGAAUUAUUUAAUGGCGAGUUCUGGACCGGGCUUUCUGCCGUAGAACUCGGACUCAUUGAUGGAAUUGAUAAUCUAGACGCGUUUAUAGAAAGAGAAUAUGGAGAUACGGUUAAAGUAUUCCGGGCCAAACGUCUCACUGGACUCGCGGGUCUUCUCUCUACAUACCUGGAGCCGAAACUUUCUGUUCUAGAGAGGUUCAUCCAGUCUCCUGGUCUCCAGGCCCCCUCAGAGAUACAAGCUUUCAACGCGACCGACACAGCAGCAAACCAGUUUGCGAGAAAUAAUCUGAAAUGAGAAUAAGUUAGAUGUUUGAAGUUCAGGACUUGCUGCAAAAUUCAUUUUAAAUAGCGCUCUAAUUUUUCAAAUUUUUCGUAUGAACGAACGGACUUUAUUCUAAACAGAAGUACGAAAUUGCGCAUUCAAUUUCCAUGAAUUGUUCAAUUAAAUUUAAAGUCUAUAUUUUAGCAUAUAUUUAUAUUUAUUUAUAUAUAUAUAACUUUAUUUUUUUACAUAUUAAGGCUAUGGUAAAAAUAAUGACUAAAAUAAAAUUUUGAAUUCAUUGGUUAACAAAGACGACCUAAUAAUUUCAGAAAAUAAGAAUGCCGUAUAAGCAGUAUCAGACUAACGCCAGGGGUGUAUAUGCACGUAAGCAGGGUCCAGGAACAGGGGCAAACAAUAUGAUUAUCAAUCCAGUACAGUUUUCAAGUAAUACACAACCUGGGGACUCAGUAG